AGUGUGUCCGGGGCUGCAGGGAGCUCGAGUUCCUAGGAUGGAGAACCUGCUGGAGAACCCGGUGCGCGCAGUGCUCUACCUGAGGGAGCUGACCAGUAUUGUGCAGAACCAGCAGAGCCUCAUCCACACCCAGCGCCAACGCAUUGACGAGCUGGAAAGGCGGCUCGAUCAAUUGGGCAACGAGAAUCAGAACCUUCGGGGGCUCCACCUGUCCAUCUCUGCUCCCGUACAACCUCAAGCCCAGAGCGAGAGCCAAGGGCAGACCCCGAGUUCAGGGCAAGUGCAGCACCAGGGGCAAGCGGAAAACCAGGCACAGGUACAACCGCAGGGGCAUCAGCAUCCACCACAGACCGAAGAACCAGAGCCUGUGCAGUGCGCAGCAGCUCCCCGAACCUCACCGCAGCCGCAUCAACACCACCGUCCGGCAUUGUGCAAGGCCAUCCUCGGCAAGAAAGCAGAGAAUGAAACUGUAUUACACCAGUUUUGCUGUCCAGUCGCUGAUGCUGAGCAAAAACCUUCACCACCGAGUGAGGACUCUGACAGUAAAAAGAUGUUGUGCGCAGCAUGGGAUGUCCAGGAUCAUGACAGGCAGAUGGAAAUGAAUAUUCAGCCUAUGGGAGAGGAAGAGCUAUUGAGCAAAGCCAGCCUACACCACACAGGGUCUCCAAUGAGAAUGCAAAGAGGGAAGACAACAGCCACCUGCUCCCAUGGGACCAACAGCUCAGAUUAUGAACUGUCAUUGGACCUCAAGAAUAAACAGAUUGAGAUGUUGGAACACAAAUAUGGAGGCCAUUUAGUGUCCAGAAGAGCAGCAUGCACCAUCCAAACUGCCUUCCGCCAAUACCAGCUUAGUAAGAACUUUGAGAAAAUCAGAGACUCUCUAUUGCAGAGUCGCCUUCCACGACGCAUCUCUCUGAGAAAGAUGCGAGUGCACAACCCAGACACUUUUCAAGCCACUGACAAGACUCUACUGGAGAGCUACAACUUGAUGGGCAUUCCUUUAGUUAGGUCUCCAUCUCUUCCAGCUACCAUCAGUGGUGCAUUAACUGAGCUUGAGGACUCCUUCACGGAACAGGUCCAGUCUCUUGCCAAAUCCAUUGAUGAUGCCCUUAGUACCUGGAGUCUCAAGACUAUGUGUGCUUUCCCUGAGGCAGGCUCUUAUCAAAUAAGAGAGACAUUUAGCUCCAUGAAGCAAAAUCCAGAGUUAGAACCUCCAAAAUUAGAGGAAAGGGAAUCUGUAGAAGGGCAACCCGGGACACUUCCAAAGAGUAGUAGUACCUUAAUGAUGGCGUUUAGAGAUGUUACGGUUCAGAUUGACAAUAACAACAUAUCUGUCUCAUCAUCCACAUCCCUCUCUAUGGCUAACUGUCUGGCUGGGGCACAGGCAAUCAAACCAGAUGAAAGUAGGGGAUGUGGAGAUCUGAUAAUAGAGCCCCCUCCUUCUCAGGAAGGCUCAGUUCAUGAAACCCACCUAGUACAAAACUCUUUCCCUGAAGUGAACGGGGAUGGACUAGGGAGAGAAUUGGUGGGCCCUGUGACUACAGAGCCUGCUGACCUUUCUGAACAGUUAAGUAGCAGCAGUACAUCCACCUCUGCCAAGUCUGUAUCUGAGGUUUCAUCCAAGGAAGCACUGCAGGCCAUGAUCUUAAGCCUACCAAGAUACUAUUGUGAGAACCCUGCUAGCUGCCGUUCACCCACCUUAUCUACUGAUACCAUGAGGAAACGUCUUUACCGCAUCGGGCUCAAUCUCUUCAACGUUAAUCCUGACAAAGGGAUCCAGUUCCUGAUUUCUCGAGGUUUUAUCCCGGACACUCCCAUUGGAGUGGCACAUUUCCUGCUGCAAAGGAAGGGGCUAAGUAGACAAAUGAUUGGGGAAUUUCUGGGAAACAGCAAGAAGCAGUUCAACCGUGACGUUCUUGACUGUGUGGUGGAUGAGAUGGAUUUCUCAAACAUGGAACUGGAUGAAGCUCUACGGAAGUUCCAGGCUCAUAUACGUGUGCAGGGAGAGGCUCAAAAAGUGGAACGUUUAAUUGAAGCCUUCAGUCAACGUUACUGUAUGUGUAACCCCGAGAUCGUGCAGCAGUUCCACAACCCGGAUACCAUCUUUAUCUUGGCUUUUGCCAUCAUUCUUCUAAAUACAGACAUGUACAGUCCUAGCAUCAAACCAGACCGUAAGAUGCUGCUAGAGGAUUUCAUCCGCAACCUAAGAGGGGUAGAUGAUGGGGCUGACAUUCCUCGGGAAAUGGUGGUCGGGAUUUAUGAGCGUAUCCAGCAGAAGGAGCUGAAAUCCAAUGAGGAUCAUGUGACCUACGUGACAAAGGUGGAAAAAUCCAUUGUUGGGAUGAAAAGUGUACUCUCAGUUCCACACCGACGCCUUGUCUGCUGCAGCCGUCUCUUUGAGGUAACAGAUGUGAACAAAGUGCAGAAACAGGCAGCUCAUCAGAGAGAGGUCUUCCUAUUUAAUGACCUGCUUCUGAUUCUAAAACUUUGCCCCAAGAAGAAGACGUCUUCCACCUACACAUUUUGCCGUGCAGUACCACUUCUUGGGAUGCAGUUUCACCUCUUUGAGAAUGAGUAUUACCCUCAUGGAAUUACCCUUGUCAGUCCGCUCUCCGGGUCAGAGAAGAGACUGGUUCUGCAUUUCUGUGCUCUGGGUGCUGAUGAACUGCAGAAAUUCCUAGAGGAUCUUAAGGAAUCCAUCUACGAAGUGUCUGAGAUGGAGCAGAUUCGCAUUGAAUGGGAGCUGGAAAAGCAACAUGGGGUGAAGGCUGCUCCCAUGAAGACAAACGGGUCUCAGCUGGACACUCCGUCCAAGCAGGAGUCCCCCACCGGUAAGCGCGAUCCAUCUGAGAAGGAUGCGGACAGCGUGAUAGAGGUGUCAAUUCACAACAGGCUUCAGACGUCCCAGCACAUCGGCUCCCAGGGGCUAGAGAAUGGAGCUCCGGGCAGCAUGGCUCCUAAUGGGCAGCGCGAAGUUUUGCAGGCCUGCCCCUCCAACCGGCUCCUGCAAUGCCAACAGAUUGUCAAGGUGAUUGUGCUGGACACGCCCGGCCGGGCACUGUCUGACCAAGACCAGACUGUCACCCGUUACUUGUCUGGGUCCUGCUCCUCCACCCCCCUGCGCAGUGUUGGGGGGAGUGUUCACCAGCCCCCUUUGCCCCCUCCUCCUCCUCCAUAUAACCAUCCCCAUCAAUACUGCCCACCAGGGAUCCUUCUAAGCCAGCGCAGAUAUUCCAGUGGCUCCCGGAGUCUUGUGUAGACAUUUUGACAUUUAUCAGUCAAACUGGACUAAUAGACUAGCACACUCACAACCUUGCACAUUCACGAUCCCAAGAACACUCAGCUGAUCUUAACGUUAACUUGCCCAUUUUUUUCCCACUUUCCACUGAAAAGUAAUGCCUGUUCUACCCACCUGCUCUUGCACACUCUUAGCUGCUGUUACAAACCCAUUGCAUUCUUUGUAUAGUCAUAUAGUCCCUAAACCUUGAACUUGCACACUACAAUUUCCACUUUUUAAGCCCAUGAGAGUUCUAGUUUGUAAUUUUUAGUAGGUUUAAUCUAUCUCCCAAAAGUUUAUAUUAUGGAGGAACCUUUGUAUGAGAAGCACGUCCUGGACAGGCCCACCAUACCCCUUUCCUGAACCCAUUCCUCUCACGCAUAUGUCACUUGAACUCCUAUCUCCUGGAGGAUUGGCACCAGAUGAACAUUAUUUAUGACACUGAGCCAUGGGCCACCCUGGGGGUGCUGUCAAACAGAACUUUCAAAGACAGCAUGGGGAACAUGAAGAUUUGUAAGCACUGGAAAUACCAUGAACUGGGCAGCAACUCUAAUGGUGACAGCAGGGGAAACUUAGAAAACGGUUGACCAGAAGGAAAUUGUGUAGCAAAGCUAUUUUCUGCAUCAUGGAAUAAUGGAUGGAUACCCUGCAGAGCCAUUUAGAACUGGAUGGUUUUACUCUUGGUUUUACUCACCAAAGGGAGACUGUAAAGAUGAG